AUGCAGGCCCCACAGGACGACGCAGGGGCAGGCGGCACGGGAGACCGCGCAGAAGCCCAGGGUGGCAGCAGAAACCCUGGUGACUCUGGUAGCGCAGGGUCAUCUGAAGGCAAGGGUAGCCUCAGCGGCCCAGGUCACCUAAGUGACCCCAGAGGUCUUGAGGGCCGGAGUGGUUGUGACGGGCAGGGUGCCCAUGGUGGCCCUGAAAGUCAAAGUGGCCCAGCCAGGGAAGGAGCAGUGGGUGAAGUAGCUGUCGCUACUCCCCAGUGCGAGCAGGCAGCACAUGCCCCAGGAUCCAGAGGAGAUGCAGGGCCUAUGGCUAGAGGAUCUAGAAGUCGACUGCUGGAGUUCACCCUCAUUGUGCCUUUCCAAUCCCCUCUGGAGGCAGACAUGGCCCACAGGUCUCUAGCACCAGAUACCCAGCGCCAACCAGGGGUGGUUCAGAAGGAGUUCACAGUGAACGGCAGCACCCUGACUAUUAGAUGGACUGCUGAAGACCCUGUUCUCUUCCGAAUUUCCAUCAACUCCUUCCUCGACCGACUUUCCCUAGUGGUACGGAACAUUCAGCGCCUUGGGCUCCCAGCUUCACUAAAACAAGGAAGGGGAAAGGGGCCUGAGUCCUGACCUUGUUUCCCCUACUAA